AUGGCUGCUCACCAUCCCACCCCAAAUCAAAACUACAACAUAGAUGAAUGGGUUAUCAAAAUCAGAACAUCUCUCCAGGAAGAAAUUGAAGAUGAAGAAGAUGAUGAUGGUGAUGUUUCUAAAUUUCUUAUUUCCAUUACUUCAGUUCCCAAAUCUCUAAGAUCUGCUGCUCCAGAAUCAUAUAUUCCUCAACUGGUUGCCAUUGGUCCCUAUCACCACUUCAGGGCUGAACUCAACGACAUGACUCGGCCGAAACUCUCUGCUGCUAAAAGAGUUCAGAAGCAUUUACAUGGCCUGAAGCUUCAGGAUAUUGUGGAUGAAUUUAACAAAGCAGAACACAAGAUUAGAGCACAUUACGACAGAUAUCUCAACUUGAGUGUGGAGACCUUAUCAUGGAUGAUGGCUAUUGAUGCUUGCUUCCUGCUUGAAUUCCUUCGAGUUUAUGCCAUUGAUGACGCAAAAGCUUUGCGAGGAAUAUCACCUUUCAUGUCCAGAAGGAAAUCAACACACAACUCGGUACUUAGAGACAUUCUAAUGCUAGAAAAUCAAAUUCCACUUUUCCUGCUAAAGAAAGUAUUAGAAGUUGGGUGUGCUUCAACAGAUCAAGCAGAUGGUUUGUUUUCAACAAUGCUGAAAAACUUCAUAAUAGAGAUUUCACCAUUAAAAAUAACAACAGAGAACUUCCCACAAAGUUUUGAUGUCGUUAAAAGUUCUCACUUGCUAGAAGUCCUCUACAACUUUCUGGUUCCUGAAAAUGCUCAGUUGUCUGAGACUCCUGAGAUUGAAGAUGAAGAUGACAGUAAUUCGUUAAACAAUCCAGCUCGAGAUUUUCUGAAUCAUGUUAAGCAAGUUCUUAUAUCCAUUCCAGUCAAACUUCUACUAAAAAUUUCUUUCAGAAUUCUCACUAGUCUUCCAGGCUUGUUGAUAUUGAAGCAGUCAUUAGAGUACUUCUCACAGGCUGAGAACUCUAGAUCUACAAAUUCAAAUUCCUCAAACAACUGUAACAUAAAAAAGCCACCUUUUAUAGAAGAAAUUGAGAUACCAUCUGCGACAGAGCUCCUUAGUGCCGGUGUUCUAUUCUCCCCUACAAACCAGCCAUUAUCUGAAAUCUUGUUUGAUAUAAAAACAGGAACUUUGCACCUACCAACAAUAAGCGUUGACGUGAACACUGAAGUUAUGUUAAAGAACUUGGUGGCCUAUGAGACUGCGGUGGCUUCUGGACCUCUAGUGUUCACUCGUUACAUUGAGCUGAUGAAUGGGAUUGUUGACACGGCAGAUGAUGCAAAAGUUUUGAGGAAAAAAGGAGUGAUUUUGAACAGGCUGAAGAGUGAUGCUAAGGUCGCCGAACUUUGGAAUGAUAUGAGUAGGUCUAUUAAGCUCACAAAGGUGGUGUUUUUGGACAAGGUUAUAGAGGAUGUGAAUGCCUAUUAUAGUAAAAGUUGGAGAGUGAGGGGUAGGAGGAUAAUUAGGAUAUAUGUGUUGGGUUCAUGGCAGUUAUUUGUGCUUGCAGCAGCUGUUUUGCUACUGUUGCUUGUGAGCUUGCAGGCAUUUUGUUUGUUCUUUAGCUGCACUCAUAAGACUAAUCUUCUUGGUGCUGGAAAAGCGCUUAACAAUAUAAUUACUCUACUUGAUAUGGAUCCAAGAAUCUCAUCAAGGCCAGCAUGA